UCAUGCAAAUUUCAACUUCGUGCAUUUUCGUAUUACUAAAUAUAUUUGAUUUCUACACAGCAAGUGAUCAAAAUUAUUCAUUCUGCCUCUAUCAUUUUAUCUUUAGACUUGUGUGCAUUAAAAGUCACAGCUAUAAGAUUUUAUUGGUUUUAAAUGGCCACUGAUACUCAGGACAAAGCGGAGCUUAGCAUUUUAGUUCACCUUGCAGAGUAUGCAAAAAGUGAUAAAUCGUCUUGCAAAGAAUGCAAGAAAAUAAUCCAAAAGGAAUCUGUCCGAUUUGCUAAAUUGGUUCAGUCAAGAUACCGAGAUGGAAAAGAUCCACAAUGGUAUCACCCAAAAUGUUUUGUGAAGAAAUACAACACAGUUAAUUAUUCCCAAAUUGCGGACUUUGAGAUUUUGCGAUGGGCGGAUCAAGAAACGUUUCGAAAAUUAAUUGAAGACGCCAAUGGGAAACCCAAGAGGAGGAAAGGACAGCGUGGGAAGCGGAAGGCCACCAAUCUGACCGAGACCCCUUCAAUAGCAAAGCGACCCCACUACGACCAAGAUCUCCUCUCCUCUCUCAAAGAACAGACUCACCUUUUUUACAGUAUGAGAGAUAAAAUGGAGGAGCAUUUUAGACAUGACAAGAAAAGUAUGACCCUUAUCAUUAGAGAAAAUGGACAACAAGUUCCAUCCGGGGUUGAUAAUAUGUUAACUAUUCUGGCUGACAUUAUGGCUUUUGGUGCAUUAGACCCAUGUGAUGCCUGUGGGGGGCAGCUGGUAUAUAAGAGUGGGAGUGGUGGCUAUCAAUGCUCUGGUCAUAUAACUGAAUACACAAAAUGCUACAAGAUUUUUGAACAGCCAAGUCGGGAACCCUUCAAAGUACCACCAGAUCUUAAGACGCAUCUAGCAUUCAAAAAUGUCAAGUUUUCUAUUAGAAACCGGGUGGUUCCGAAAUAUACUCCUCCUGAUACUACAAAGGCUGAAAUUAAUUUCCAAUCUGGGGAGUCCGUGACCUUGCCAAAGGCUGACCUUCCUCUACACAACAUAACAUUUGCUAUCCUCGGGUCCUUCGAAGAAGAGGCAUUUCAAGAAAUAAAAGAUAAGCUGGAGAACUUUGGAGCUCAAGUUCGAGUUAGGUCGAAAAACGUGACGUUCAUUGUAUCAACUCCAAUUGAUGUGGUUAACAAACACCCAAAAAUUGCAAAUUUUUUAACGACAAAAAUUGUUCCAAUCAUAUCGUCUGAUUUUGUGAACGAUUUGAACAUUUCGGAGGACUUUGACAUUGUAACCACCCUGAAAACGCAUGUAUUGAGUGAUUGGUGUACAGAAUUUAUUCUUAACCAUCUGCAGAGGAAAGUUAGUUGGAAGAAAUAUGGGCAGUAUCACAAGCGUAACCCAGUGACUACAGCGUACUUGGUUACGAUUGACCGUGAUGUUGACUGGCGAAGUGGUUUGUAUGAUGAGGGUGUUGUAUUUAAGGAAAAUGGACAAUUUUAUGAAUGUGUUUUAACCAAACAUAGCAUGGAAGAUGGAACAAACUCUUACUAUAAGAUCCAACUGAUUGCUACCCCUACCAUGGACCGAUUUUGGGUUUUCCGAUGUUGGGGUAGAAUAGGAAUGUCCUACGGUGACCAAACGCUUGACGAAAAUCUUUCAAAGGAUGAAGCAAUUGACCUUUUCAAAAAGACGUUUAAAACAAAAACAGGAAAUGAGUGGGGAGUUCCUUUUCAAAAGAACCCUGGGGGAUACGAUCUAGUAUCUUUUGAUCACUAGAAUUUAGACAACAAGGAAAAAGGAAUUGACAAUCAUCAGCUUCAGCCAAGCUUAGAAAAUUCAAAAUUGUCAAUGCCUGUCCAACAACUGGUAGCCUUAAUUUUCAGUAAGAAAGAAAUGGAACGCACAAUUAUCCGGUUGAAGCUGGAUUUUGCUAAAAUUCCUAUAUAUUCAAUUGACCGGGAUACACUCACCGCAGCAUAUAAAAUCUUAAACGAUGUUCACGAGCUUAUACAGGCGAAUUGUUCAACAAGCAAAUUCGAUGGACCAACACAAGCAUUAUUAUUAGAUUUAACUAAUCGAUUUUACUCAAAAAUUCAUCAUUGCUUCAAUGGCUUAGAAAAACCAAGGAUCUUGGAUAAUCUCGAAAUAGUCAAAGAGAAGAAUGAAAUUUUGGAUAACUUGUUUGAAAUAAUUUUGGCUCGUGAUGUUUUAAAAGAAAAGUUACGGCCUUCUGAAACCGCCAAAGAAGAUAAAACUUCGCCGAUUGACAACUGUUACACAACCCUAUCCACCAAUUUGGAAAUUAUAGACUCAGAGUCUCCUGACCAUGCGAGAAUCCUUCAGUAUUUCAUGGAUUCUCAAUCACCAAUCCACAAUUUUUGUCUAAAAAUGGGCCAUAUGUUUCGUGUCGUACGACGAGAUGAACGAGAGAGAUUUUUACCAUUCCAAAACUUUAACAAUAGAAGAUUGUUAUGGCAUGGUUCUCGAACAUCAAAUAUUGCUGGAAUACUUAUGCAUGGCCUCAAAGCGUCACCAUCUGGAGCAGAAAAUUCCACUUGGAACAGGGGGAUCUACUUUGCAGAUGUUUCAACAAAAUCCGCAUGGUACUGCAGAGUGGCUUCUUCGUCUGAAGUUGGCAUACUUUUACUAUGUGAGGUUGCAUUAGGAAAUAUGAAUGAAAUAACAAGAAACACAACGUUUCCUGAAAAACUGCCCGAAGAAUAUAACAGCAUUAAAGUAAUUGGGAAGUACCAAUCUCCAGACGUGACUGGGCUUAUGAUUGAUGGUGUUCAAAUUCCUUUAGGGACGCCACAAAAAAUGAAACAAGACGCAGACAUGGAGCACAAUGAGUAUGUUGUAUUCGACGAAGCACAGAUAAGGAUUAAGUAUCUGGUGACAUUCCGUAUUGAACGAAAGUCAACGAAUCCAAGUACAAAAUAGGUAGAUUUAAUUUGCCAUUAUGUAUUUUAUACAAAUCGGACACUAAUAAUGAUGAUAAUAAAAAAUCAGACACUGUGCGACA